UGUAUGUUACGUCAUCCACGGACGUUCUUCGCCAUCUCUGCCGGCACUAGGAGCAUCAUUAAGUUUCGAAGACGGAGAAAUUGGCGAAAACUGAAUUUUAGAAACAUACGAAUCCGGUCAGCGAGGAGCUGCCAGUGUUAUACUGUAGAUGUUUCGUGUUAAGGCAGGUUUUCAGACAGCUACAUUUUCGAUUUCUGUGUUUUUGGCUAGCGAGCGACACUGAGUCUGACUACGUCUUUAUUCAUUUCUAUGUUCGCUUCUGACAGCUGGAGGGAGUACUGACCACAAUAGUUGGGCCUAUGAAGUAAAGCUAGGCGUGGAAGAGUAGUGUACAGUCCAGACGGAGGCUCGCUAGUAGCAGUUGUAAACACUCGGUGUGUUGUUGUAGCUCAGUAGGCCGCAUCAUUGCAUGAUCAUCAUCGCGCUUCCGUUUUAAUUCUUUAGUCCUCAUAAGUCAGAUGUUUGCCUUUUCAUAACGUGGCAACUGGUCGGCAGUUGGAUAUUUUAUUUCGUUAAUUUUCGGGCGACUAACACUAGAAGAGCAGUUCUGUAAGGCAGGUUGACCGGUGUCCUCCACAGUCCGUUCCACCGCUCCAUAAUCCGCUCCACCGCUUCGCUCCGCCCCGCCUUCAUCGAUCGGCCGUCAUGCUGCUCUUACACAACGAGCUGUGGAAAGCGAGCGUGGAUUUCCUCUCCAGGCCGUGUACUGUGGUUGUUGGAGCCAUCACCGCCGUGAUUUAUUACCUGUGGGGUUGUGAAGGACAGACUCCAAUCCUGGUGUGCAGCAGUGGCUUUCGUUCCUUCCUGGAGCGCCACUGCCCCGCGGUGAUUGAGAGGUUCUGCCCCACACCUUGGUGUUGGGGUGGCCGGCUGCAAACACUUGUCCGUGUGAUUAUCAAGUCCGGUCCUCCUGUUGUCUACAGAAAUGAGCUAAUCCGAACAAAAGACGGCGGCCAGAUCUCCCUGGACUGGGUGGACAAUUCGAAGAGUGAAGCAUACCCUGACUCCUCCUCCAGACCCACAGUCCUGAUUCUCCCAGGACUUACGGGCAACAGCAAACAGACGUACGUCUUGCACGCUGUGAGCCAGGCAACACGUCGUGGAUACAGGUCUGUUGUCUUUAAUAACAGAGGUUUUGGAGGGGAGGAGUUACUGACUCCCAUCACAUUUUCUGCGGCAGACACGUCGGACUUGGAGUGGGUCAUUCGUCAUGUCAAGCAGCGGUUCCCACAGGCACCCUUGCUUGGCACUGGAGUCUCUCUGGGAGGGAUUCUGCUGCUGAACUACCUGGCUCGCAAGGGCAGUGAGGCUGACCUCCUUGCAGGGAUCACCAUGUCUGUCAGCUGGGACACCCUGGAGUCCUGUGCCUCCCUGGAGCAGCCAGUUAACAAGCUCCUGUUCAACCGUCACUUGACAUCAAACCUAUGCAAGGCCAUCAGCAGACACAGGAAGGUGCUGGAGGCUGUGGUGGAUGUGGAUCAUGUGAUAAAGGCACGGACAAUUCGGGAGUUUGAUGAGCGCUACACCUCUGUGAUGUUUGGCUACAAGUCAUGCCGAGACUACUACCAGGAUGCUAGUCCUGGGUACAAGCUGCCUCAGACCGCUGUGCCUGUGCUGUGCCUUAAUGCUGCUGAUGACCCCUUUUCCCCCAAACAUGCUAUCCCUGUGGCACUGGCUCAGAGCUUGCCCAAUGUUGCCCUGGUUGUGACGGCUCACGGAGGGCACAUUGGCUACCUGGAGGGUCUCUUUCCUCGUGGGGAAGGCUACAUGGACCGCCUCUUCGGGCAGUUCAUUCAAGCAGUGUUUGACCACCCAGGUGAUCUGAAGAGGGCUUGUGAGGUCAAAGAGAACCUCACUGACUGAAGGCCUUCCUUGUCAGCUGAGUCACAUGUUGUGGUCAGUAAUUUUCUUUUCCUGUGGCCUAGAGGCCUUUGACCAGUUGCCUCAUUACUCACCUCUCACAUACACUAAACAUAUACCUCACGUUCUCAGACUACAAACACCACCACAUCUUUUGGUAGCUGAAGUAAAGAUGAAUGUAAUGGCAAGCGAUCAUUUAACCCCCUUCUUUAGACAGCUAAGCAGCCCUGCUUAAUUUGUAGUGAAUUUACUGUAAUAGAAUAAUUUUGUUAUUAAUAUGGAGUUCAUAUAGAUGCUGUUAGAUGUUGUCUUUUAAUAUUGUAAUGAAAACUUGAAGAAAGUCCCAUUUGGCCCCUCUGAUGGUUACUGGAAAGGUGACAAGACUUGUGUCUUCAUUGUGCUAAAAGCAGUGCUGUUUUUCUUCACUUUAUCACAAGGUUUGUAUUAACUGGAGAAGUUUCCGGUGAAUUCUUGGUGGUCUUUUUUCCUCAGGUGGAACAAACAAUUUUUUUUUUUUUUUUUUUUUUUUUUUUUUUUUUAAUGACAAUGCUUGACUAAAGUUCUCUUGCAAGCUGAAGUUUGUAAUUUGUCACGUUUGUGCACUAAGUUGUUGCAGCUCACCCAAAAGCACCAGCUAAGUUAAAAUAAUGAUGUAGAACCUGACAGUGGACAGCUGAGCCACUAUGUUCUGUCCCAAUGUGCACCCUGUACAACUAGCUGGUGUACAGUCAUCCUGCAGUUUGAUAUUUUCACCACCUCCCCUAGGAUUUGCAUGGAAAAACAUUUCCAAGCACUUCUUUACAGCUUCUGACAUGAAGUAGUGUUUGAUAACCACUCGAUACUGUGAACACUUUUUGUAUUCCAGCUGAGGCCUGCUGUUGUGACAGACCAGAAUAAACAAAGGGAUCUUGAUUACCACAUCAGCCAAUACCUGUCAAAUACCUCAUGCUAGGAUCUGUAGGAAUGGAACAUUAAGUGAGAAGACCUCUUAUUACCUUAUCAGUAUAGAAAGUGUUGCAUGUAUAACAGAACAUCUUAAGUAUAUGUAUUUUGUGCAACUCCCUGGUUGCUAUUUUUAUCAUUUUUGAGUGAGUUGCACAUUAACAUCUAGAUAUACUGUAUUACUGGAGCAGUUUGUGUACCUUUUACAAAGAAACUAGUCAGGAUUCCUCCUGGAACUUAACCAGCGAUUUUUCAGGUUACAGCCUUGUGUCCUUAACCACUACUGUUCCUGCUCAUAGAGUCCAGUCAUAUUACAGAAGUGAUAUUUUCCAGUGAAGCUGCAUAUAUCAUGUACACAACCAUACAUUUCUUUUCAGUGAUUGAAUUCUGUGAUCUGAAGUAUGUUCUUUAAUGCACAUUGCUCCAUGUUUACAAAGAUCAAGAUCCUACAGAGCCUUGAUGGGACAUUCAAAGUCUCACCUUCGAUUAGGGUGGCUGUUUCCUUUCUUUCCUUGGGCUUGCAGUAUUUUAAGAAAGUGACUGAAAAUAUCAUAUACAAAUUCCAUACCUGCUGGAUUAUUUGCCUUUACAGUACUGUAUGCAAUUUUUGACAGAUGUAUAAUGUAUUUUAUAUAUAUAUAAAUACACAGAAAGAGAAGUAAAAAUUUUUUUGUGAUUUGUUACUCUCAACUGUCUUUGCCAAUUGAGUGUUCUGCGUGAAUAAGAAAUGGAAUUGAUAUUCCUUGCACUGAAUUUUGAAAUCUUGAUUUUAUUUGUGAUGUACCUAUGAGGAUUAUAAACUUCCAUCUGAUUGGGCUGAUAUGUCUCCUGGUGUAAAUGGUUGUUAGUUGCCUGCAUGAUAUAUCAGAUUAGGUGAUAA